UUGAAGUGUUAGUUAAAUGACAAACAAAUUAUUAGUCAAUUGAAUAGCAAUUGUAUUACAAAUUAAAACAAUUUAUUGAAUGAAUGAUGACAUCAAUGGUUGUGACAAUUGAUGACAUUUUGGAUCAAUUGUGGAGUGAAAACAAACGACUCGUCAAUGAGUUAUUGUUUGCCAACAAAUUGAAGAUAUUUUUGACGAAAUUGUUUGAUAAAUAUGAAGAACUUGUCGAUGAAGAAGACAAACAUGAGUUUAAACUAUUACAAGAAGUGAUAGAUAAUAGGAUCCAAUUGAGAGAUAAUGAGUAUGAAGAGGAAGACAGUCAUGUCGUCGACAGAAAGAUUGUUUGCAAUAGACGUUCAUCGGUUAGAUCUACAGAUAGUAUCGGUAAAGUAGGAUCAGAUGAGACAGAUAUUUAUAAAACAAUCGGACAAGAAGUGUAUCAAUCGGAACAAGUGAUGAAUAAUAAGUUUAAAGACAAUGCAUCUGUUGUUUCUGUCAUCGAUAGCCGUAAAUACAAUAAUAAAACUAAUCGCCGAUCGAAAAGAUCGGCGGUUUUAUUAAGAAAACAAACCAAAGUUAAGAACAAAAACAACAACAAAGUGAAACUUAUGGAUCAAUUUGCCGAAGAAGAGUAUAUAAAACCAAUGGAUGAAUGCUAUGACCCGUCAACAGACAAAUACAUUUGUCCACUUUGUGGACGAUAUCUAAGAGGCAAACACUACUUCCUGAGACACCGAAAGUUAUGUAACCAGAGGUUGAUUACCAGCGAUACAGUCUAUUGUUGUCAAUAUCCGGAUUGCGGUAAAAAGUAUCCAUUGAAACACAAGUUAUCCUAUCAUCAGAUCACUUGUCACACCGAACCCAUCAACGAUCACUACCAAUGCGAUUACAUCGGUUGCAACUUUCGGUUCAUAACAUACAAACAGUUUUCCGAACAUCUGACCGUACACUCUGAAGAUCGACCGUUUGUUUGUCCAAUCAUUGGCUGUCACAAGAAAUUCAAAGAAAAUCAUGUACUCAACCGACACAAAUUGAUUCACUCGGAACCAACUGUCCAAUGUAUGGCCGAUGGCUGUACGCGUAUGUUUAACACUCGAUCGCAAAUGAAACGACAUUUUGCCGAACACUUAUCGGAGCCGACAAUCAAAUGUUCGGUAGCCGGUUGUGGACAACUGUUUCAUUCGGACUGCGAACUGCAAAAACAUAAAUAUAGUUAUCAUAAGAUACCUUAUAGGAAGACACCGCGUAAAAGAAUCUAUCAUCGAUGCGAUUGGCCCGGUUGUGACUACUAUGGACCGACAUUGUAUCGGCACAAGAGUGUCCAUACGGGUACGAAAAAAUACCCGUGUAUUUGGCCACAAUGUGGCAAACGAUUUGCCGAUAAAACUAAAUUAACUGAACACAUGAAUAUCCAUAACAAUGUUAAACCGCAUUUGUGUCGUUGGCCCGGUUGUGACUACCGUAGUGCUGGCCAUUCAAACAUUAACAAACAUAUGAAACAAGUUCACCAAACAAUAUGGAAAAAUCAUUGAAUCAAUCAAUCAAUGCUAUGAUAACUAUAAUAUAAUGGUUUUAAAAAAAAUU